CAUUGCUACCACCCCUAUUUCCUUUUCCGUUUCUUUUCUUUUUCUGCGUUGCCUGCGUAAAGACCGACAGAAUGAAGCUCAACGUUUCUUAUCCCGCAACGGGGUGCCAAAAAUUAUUCGAGGUUGUCGAUGAGCACAAGCUCCGUGUGUUCUACGAGAAGCGUAUGGGCCAGGUUGUGGAGGCCGAUAUCUUGGGCGAUGAAUGGAAGGGCUACCAACUCCGCAUUGCUGGCGGCAACGACAAGCAGGGUUUCCCCAUGAAACAGGGUGUCCUGACUCACGGUCGUGUCCGUCUGCUCCUUAAGAAGGGACACUCUUGCUAUCGUCCACGCCGUACUGGUGAGCGUAAGCGUAAAUCUGUGCGCGGUUGCAUCGUUGAUGCCAACAUGUCAGUUCUCGCUUUGGUCGUGAUCAAGAAGGGUGAACAGGAAAUUGGCGGUCUUACCGACACCACCAUUCCACGUCGUUUGGGUCCCAAGCGUGCCAGCAAGAUCCGUAAGCUGUACAACCUUGGCAAGGAAGAUGAUGUCCGUCGCUUUGUUGUGCGUCGCCCAUUGCCCGCCAAGGACAACAAGAAGGCCACCUCCAAGGCACCCAAAAUCCAGCGUCUGAUCACUCCCGUUGUUCUGCAGCGCAAGCACAGACGUAUUGCCCUGAAGAAGAAGCGCCAGACAGCAUCCAAGGAGGCUGCCGCCGACUACGCCAAAUUGUUGGUCCAGCGCAAGAAGGAAUCCAAGGCUAAGCGUGAGGAGGCCAAGCGUCGUCGCUCUGCUUCGAUUCGCGAGUCCAAGAGCUCCAUCUCAAGUGACAAGAAGUAAAUCAGAAGUAGCAGUCAACAAAAAAAAAACACAUUUACUACCAGAGGCAGAGGAAGCAGAACCACACCAACCAACCAGCAUCAGCACAAUAUGCACAUUGUUGCUUAAAACAUUUGUUUUUUUCAACCAUGUUGUUGUUUUGCUAGACACCUUUUAACACACACAAGAAACAAAAAUAGAAAUUGAGGGACAUUUAGAUUGUAAACGGUUCUUUGUGUUUUUCAAAAAUAAAACUGAACCCCAAUUAUGGUUUACAGUGUAA